AUGUUGGAGACGCGGUCGGCGCGCGCCGCUGACUCGGUGUGGGCGAGCAAGCCGUUGCCGGCGCCUCACGCCAUGGCCAACACGAGGCACGGAAAGAAUGCCCAGGACGACGUGUGCUACGUGGUCGCGAAGUACGACUACGCGGCGCAGGGCGCCCAGGAGUUGGACCUGAGGAAGAACGAGCGCUACCUGCUGCUCGACGACUCGAAGCACUGGUGGCGGGUGCAGAACGCGCGCAGCCAGUCCGGCUACGUGCCCAGCAACUACGUCAAGAAGGAGAAGCCCUCACUCUUCGACAGCAUCAAGAAGAAAGUGAAGAAGGGCUCCGGCUCGAAGACGCUGCCGUCCAACAGCUCGCCGGUCCGGGGGGCGCCCGAGUCUCCGGGCGGCGGAGGGGGCGCCGGAGCGGGGGCGGCGGGGGCGGGGGCGGGGGGCAGGAGGCCCGAGCCGGCAGAGGCGCUGGGCACGGCCGUCGUCAAGUACAACUACCAGGCGCAGCAGCCGGACGAGCUCUCGCUGACCAAGGGCACCAGGAUCCUCAUACUGGAGAAGAGCAACGACGGCUGGUGGCGCGGCCAGUACCAGGGCCACACGGGGUGGUUUCCAUCAAACUAUACAAGUGAAGAGGGCGACAAUGAGGAUCCGGUGCAUACAUAUGCAAUGGCCGAGAAUGUUCUGGACAUCGUGGUGGCGCUGUACUCGUUCACGUCGAACAACGAGGCGGAGCUGUCGUUCGAGAAGGGCGACCGGCUGGAGAUCGUGGAGCGUCCGCCCUCCGACCCCGAGUGGUUCCGCGCCAGGGACUCGCGCGGCCAGCUCGGCCUGGUGCCCAAGAACUACCUGCAGGAGCUGGCCGACUACCUGGCGCAGCCCUACUGCGAGGCGUCGGAGGGGGGCCGCGCCGUCGCGGGCGCGGGGGGGAGCGGUGGGGGCGGCGCCGGGGGCGGGGCGCCCCUGGGGCGCGCCUGGUACUACGGCGCCAUCACGCGCCACCACUGCGACGCGCUGCUCGACCAGCACGGCCACGACGGCGACUUCCUCAUCCGCGACUCGGAGACCAACGUGGGCGACUACUCCGUGUCGCUGAAGGCGCCGGGGCGCAACAAGCACUUCCGCGUGCACGUGGAGGGCAGCCUGUACUGCAUCGGGCAGCGCAAGUUCCCCGCGCUCGACCAGCUCGUGGCGCACUACCAGCGCGCGCCCAUCUACACCAACAAGCAGGGCGAGAAGCUCUACCUGGUGCGCCCGCUGCCGCGCCCGCCGCUGCACUGC